GUCGCCGGCACGAGCCGCAGACUUUAUUCAAUGGCGGCGUGCGUGAGUAGCUGCCAGAGUUGAAUUAUUGAAGUCGCAAAGCGUUGAGAAUUGAACAGCAGUAUGCAUUCUUUUUCGGAUGACGAAACUUCCUUUCGGUGUCGUGUGCCUGACCCUGCAUUCGCGAGUGGCAGAACCAGCUUUGCAUGGGGAAUUGGGAAUUCCCUCAUGGUUUUCCCCCAGGCUCCUGAUGCCAAGCAAGCCAAACCGAGGGGCCAAAGAGAGGCCGGCUACCUGCAUGAUGUCUGUUGGAACACUUCCCUCUACAACAGGGUGAUGAGACAGCUGGUCAAUGAGUCAUCUUCGGUAUUCCUAGACUUGCAGAAUUUUGCUCGAGAGUUCAAGGGAGAGACAGCACAUCCAGGCUUAGUGACGACCAGCAGGAGUUACCGUGCUACCCUGAAUGGCUGCUGGAAUAGCUGCCAGGAGGAAAUGCAGUUGGUGGAUGAGGACAGCAGGCUGGAUUUUCACGCAAAGUACGAAUUGCUGAGAAACAUCGAACACAUUUGGCACUUGUGCGAGAUACUUUUCUUGGACGUCCAACCAGGCACAGCAUAUUUGCAGCAGCUGCAGCGCUGGGUUCAGAGCCGCUCUGCAGAUACCCUGGGAGCCCGAGUGCAGGAGAUACUCGAAGAGGAUGAGCCACACCGGGCUGUGGAUUACUGGGAUCACGUGUAUAUGCUGGUCCUUCAGGCCAACCUGGAUGAUGUAAGGCGGCUUCUCAGGACACACCCAAGUUCAGGCCGAGACGACUUCGUCCUGCUGGAUGAGCUGCUGCAGUCGGCACCACAGGGCUCCCACCAGGUGGCGUCGAGGGAGCUGCAUGUCUGGUGGCAGACGUGGCAGGCCCAGUGUGCUCGUCAUCUUGCGGAUGGUGAUUUUUCUCUCUUGCCGGAGCUGGAAGUCAUCUGCAAGAUAUUAAUGGGUGACAAGGAGACUUUCAGAGAACUAAGGGAGCUGUGCAUGACGUGGUACAACUACCUGGUUGCACUGGUGACAUACACUCGGCCCACAGAUGAACCACAGAUGCUGGCUGACCUGGCAGAGAAUUGCCUUACCACGUUUGGAGGGUUGGAAUCAACGGGAGGCAUGGACAGCAUUCUCCUGGCUGCGUUCAGAUUUGACUUGCCUCAAGUUAUUCGAGAAGCCAGCUUAUUCCUGGACAACUGGUGGUUCUCGGCACACCUGUCAGACCUGCUCUUUCAUGCUGGACAGAUGGAGGCUAGCCAUGCAGAGUAUGCCAGUGAAUUGAGGGAGCACCUUAUCCUGGAGUAUGCCGCGUCCCUCAUGACACAUCACAGCCUCUGGCAGGUUGGUGUUGGCUACCUGGAUCACUGCCCGCGACGUGGAAGGGAGUACUUGGAAGCCUUUAUCGAGCACAUCCCACUGAAAACCCAGGCGCAAGCAUUGAAGGUGGUCGAAAUACUGGAGCGCAGGGAAAUGCCAGCAGUCAAGGACAUCUGCCAGACACUGGCGGUUCGUAUGGCAAAGAAGGGCCAGCUGGGCAUUGCACUGACCUGGGCCAUGCGUUGCAAGAAUCCAGUACUAACAUCAAGACUAGCAGACCAGUUCUUGGCUGAGUACAGUGAACGGCGGGAGCUGCCCUGCCUGGACUUGCUUGAGAACAUGGGCGAGAGCAUGUUGUUCAGUGACCGCCUGACAUUCCUUGCCAACUACCGGGAGUUCCAGCGCAAGCCUCCUGGCCAGGCAGCUGCACGUCUUCUAACUGAUCUCAUCGACUCGCAGCUUGCGCCUCACUUUAUGUGGCCUCGUCUUCUCCGGGAUGCGAUUCACACGCUGUCAGACUCAACGGAGCUUCUGCUGGAUAUGAACCAGGUGCUGCAGUUGUUGAGUUGCCUGGAGGCAGUCUCUGCAGGAAGCACAGCAUCUGGAAAUGUAGUUGAUGUGCCAGAAUCGCAACAGAACUGGACAAAGACUGAAGAAAAGGAGCUGCGACAACUCCUUUCUCACCAUCUGGUACACGCAAUCACAAAGGAAGCCAGUGCACCACCAUGAGCACAGAAAGGACUCUUCAGCUCAUUUCAAAUCGUUGAUAUUUUUAAUGAAGUGCCAUGAAUAAAGUGAGAAUCAAGCCUGUG